UCCCCUUCUCCCUCUCUCCGGCCAAGCUCCACCAUGGCGAUGACCGGGAAGCUGAACAAGCUCAAGUGCAUGAUCAAGCGGUGGCAUUCCUCCGGCAGGAUCUCCGGCCGCGGGGCCUCCUCCUCCGCCGUCGACGAGGAGGAGCAUCAGCAUCUCUCCUCCGCCAGCUCCUUCCACGGCGCCGACGUCGUCCCCGCCGGCCUCCACCCCGUCUACGUAGGCCGCUCCCGCCGCCGCUACCUGGUGGCCGCCGACCUGCUCCGCCACCCGCUCUUCAAGGUCCUAGUCGAGCGCACCGGCGGCGACCUCCCGGCCGCCUCCGGCGGCGGCACGGUGGUGGGCUGCGAGGUGGUGCUCUUCGAGCACUUGCUGUGGAUGCUGGAGAACGCCGAGCCGCCGCCGGAGUCGCUGGACGAGCUGGUCGACUACUACGCGUGCUCCUGAUUAAUUAAUUAAAAUCUAGCUAAUUAAAGUUGCUGUUUGAUUAAUUAAUCGCCGAUCGAGUUUAAUUAAUUCUUAAUUAAUCGAGUCGCGUUGCUUCGCGUGCAUGGUGCCAUCUCUUGUUCUAAUCUCUGUUUUUAAUAAAAUUAUUAUGUACAUUUU